ACCUAAGUCAACACCUAUCCCCGAACAUAAGCUUAAAACUAUUAAUUUUACUGUUAACUACUCAUUCUCGAGUCGAGAGUAUCGAGACCGACCAUUUUUCUGAAGAAUUCAAGCAUAAAAAAUAUGGGAUCUGCGCCAAAUCAGCCUCUCUUCUGUUUAAAAUGGCCAUGGGAUAUCCGUAAUCAACCCAAAAGCCCUAACACCUGCAGUUCAGAACCGCCAUGGCUAUUCAAUUCGUUCAAGAAUCUUGGCAUCAUAUCCCUCAAUUUCAUCAACAACAAAAUAUCCCAACGAAACCCAUUUCAAUUAAGUGAUGGAAUCAACAAUAAGAAGAAGAUUUUGAACCCUGAAGAACAGGGAGAGGCAGAGCAAAGAGCAUUGGCUGCUGCACUGGCAAGUGGGAAGGAGGCUACUGUAAUUGAAUUUUAUUCACCCAAGUGUAGACUCUGCAAUUCUUUGCUUAAGUUUGUUAUGGAAGUUGAGAAUAGGGAUUCUGAUUGGCUUAACAUCGUGUUGGUUGAUGCUGAGAAUGAUAAAUGGUUGCCUGAGGUUAUAUGGUUGUCAAAUGAAGCAUUCAUUGCUGGUCCAAAUAAUAACAUCUGUUUAUAUGAUGGAGAAUGA